AUGGCUGGUUUUGCAACGGAUCCUGCCCUCAACGCAGCAUUAUCUGCUCCCUGGGCGUUUCUAUGUCCUACAUCAGAAUUAAACGACACCAUAGUAGGAUCGGCAAAAUAUUUCCUGGACCCUCUUGCUCUUUCGAUUAGUGACACCCAGUCGGCUCGUCAACGACACAAUAGGAAACGCAAAAGAUGCGAGGAAGACCUAGACCAAAACACCGACGUAUUGCAACUAAAGCAGUUAUUCGUUGAGGGGUUUGGUUCCGAUCAAAUUUGGGAACAAGCACUUAGAAUCCUUGACUCAGCCGGACAGGAAGUCCAACGUGAUUGUACGUUAACUAUUCGACAUGCUGACCACUCUAUAUCGGAGGAACAUUUCACAUCUUUCGAGGGCUCAGAUUUUGCAGAUGAAAGCUCCGAAGACAGCGAGCUGGGUAGUCAUAUAGACGGUGCCAGGGAUAUGUCAGAUGUCGACGAGGAAGUCAGUAUGGCGUCCGAUCUAGAUCUAGGCGACUCGGUACAUGAUGCACUGGAUGCCCGAAGUGUUGACGAGAUUCUGGACGAGAAAAAUGACUCUAGUGAAACUGGAAGUGAUGGGGAACAAUCCGACACGUACAAAGAGGACCCUUUUGGGUUGAAUGAUGGAUUUUUCUCAAUUGAUGACUUCAACAAACAAUCAAAACUAUGGGAAAGCCAAGACACUCGGGGUGGCCCAGAUAGUGAAUCUGAGAGUGAUGAAGAAGUUGACUGGCAUGCUGAUCCCCUCGCCACUGGGAACAGUAGCGCUCCUUUGAAGAAAACGUCACCGUCAAAUGAGACCAACAAGGGUGUCAAUGAGGAUGACGCAAGCGAUGAGGAAGGGCCAACAUUCAACAAUGUCAACCUUCAGGAUGGGCUAGACUCAGAUUCAGAUGAUGCAGAUCCUGGUACUGCACAUGGGGCAGAUUGGAUCAAUACUAGUGAUAUCAAAUAUUCCGACUUUUUUGCGCCGCCACCCCGAAAGUCUACAACCAAAAGGUCACGCCCUCUCCCAAAAACCCAGCCAGUUGCUGCAAUCAACAGUAACGAUAUAGAUCGUGCAAUGGCCGAUGUACGACGCGAUCUAUUUGAGGAUGAUGCUUCAAUUGAGAACAGCGAUGUAGAUGAUGGUGAACUAGAUGAACCUGAAACCCAGAAAUCCACACACGAAAAACAACGUGCACGAAUCGCCGAUGAGAUUCGUCGCCUGGAAGCUGCCAACGUUGCAAAGAAAGAAUGGAUGCUUGCUGGUGAAGCUAGAGCCGCCGAGAGACCAGUAAACUCGCUUAUUGAGGAAGAUCUUGAAGUGGAAAGAAUUGGAAAGCCAGUGUCUGUGGUUACUGCGGAGGUCUCUGAAGAUAUCGAAGGCCUCGUCAAGCGUCGGAUUCUGGCCAGAGAGUUCGAUGAAGUUAUCCGCCGCCGCCCUGGUAUCACUGAUGGCCAGGUAGCGAGAAAGAGCCACUUUGAGCUUGAGGAUUCUAAAGGUCAACAGAGCCUUGCAGAGCUAUAUGAGACUGAUCAUCUCCGAGCUACCGAUCCUAACUAUGUGGAUCCUAAGAAUCAGAAGCUUAUGCGCGAACACGCUGAGAUCAGUAAUCUAUGGAAAGAAAUAAGUUCUCAAUUGGAUACCCUCUCGAACUGGCACUAUAAGCCCAAAACCCCACACGCACACAUCAACGUCGUCACUGAUGUGGCAGCUAUCGUGAUGGAGGAUGCACAACCAACAGCUGGAGGUGCUGUUGGCAGUGCAGCAACUCUUGCCCCCCAGGAGAUCUAUACACCUGGGGCUGAUAGCAAAACUUCUGGGGAAGUGGUUCUGAGGAACGGAUUAUCAAUCUCCAGAGAGGAAAUGACCCGUGAGGAGAAGUCAAGAUUAAGGCGACAACACAAGAAGCAAAAGAAAUCUACCACCGGCGUUAAAAACCGACAGUCAGGAAAGGCAGCUGAGAAGCAACAAAUUGUGUCUGAUUUGAAAAAGGGUGGUGUGAAGUUGAUUGGAAAGCAAGGAGAAGUCACAGAUAUCCAUGGGCAAAAACCAACUGGAACAGGUCCAAGGAGUGGUGCCGAUGCACUAAAGCUGUAA